AUGGCAUCGGCGCGCUAGCCUAGUGACAGAAUGACAUCGAACCAACCGCCUGAUUCGUUUGAGUUGUUGUGCAGUUUCUUUUUUAGAUGACGAAAAAAUAAAGUGAAAUUAUGGUUUUAUUAUUGUGCUCAAAUGUGAAAAAUGCAUCAUUAAUUUGUCGAAACAUUUUGCUCGUUCGUAAACUGUUGGUAUUAAAGUGAAAACGUUAUUGUUGUGCAUCUGUGCUUGGGACCUUUCAAUUUGCACGUACGAUGGUCUAGGUUGGCCCCAAACUGCUUUAAAUCGUGUCAAAUUCAUAAUUAGCACGCAAUAGCAUCAAUAAUCACAGUAAAAUCGAAGAAUUCUUUCAGAUGAACAAAUUGCAAGUAGACGAUCCGCCUUACCUCGCGGUGGGCACGGCCGUCAGCGCCAAAUACAAAGGAGCCUUUUGUGAAGCUAAAGUUCACAAGUUAGUUCGGUGUGUUAAAUGCAAGGUUACAUUUAAAACUGGCCUGGGUACAGUCACAGUAACUGAUAAUGAUAUAAAAGGCACCUUGAGGGUAGGGCAAGUAGUUCAAGUUAAACACCCUGUUAAUGCUAAAGAUUAUGUCGAGGCUACCAUCACCAAAAUGCAAGAUUGCAGCCAAUAUACAGUUGUUUUCGAUGAUGGAGACAUUACCACCCUAAGAAGAACCGCCUUAUGCUUGAAAAGCGGCCGCCAUUUUAACGAAAGCAGCAGACGGGGCAGAAGAAACAGACAACUAAAAGAGGACAGCAGUGAGGGCGAACCUGAAGAAGAAAAUGAGCCGGAUUUGGAAGGAUACAGCAUAGAUAUUGGUCGCGUUAGGAUGUACGAACAGACAGAUAAAAAGAGAAUCAAAGACAGCUGGUUUCCAGGGCUAGUUGUGAUACCGUCUUCCACAUCCACUACAGGAAAAAUCAACGUUAAAGAAGAGUAUUUAAUACGUUCUUUUAAAGAUGGGAGAUAUUACACAGUUCCAAAGAAAGAGACCAGGGAUUUUAACGGAGAAUCUGAAAUAAAACAUGAUAGUUCAGCUAUUUUAACAGAGGCUGUUAAUAAAGCUUUAAAAUAUUUGGAUCACAAUGAGUUGCCAGUUCAUUGGGAAAGGAGUUCUUUGUUUAAUUCGCAAAAUAUCGACAGUGACUCAGAGGACAACAUAUCAGAUAGUUCUGAUGAUGAACCUUCAGAAGAAAAAGACCUUUUCGUUGCCCAACUUUACAAAUUCCUGGAUGAUUCUGCCACCCCUCUAAACAAAACACCCUCAAUUCACGGCCGCGACAUAGAUUUACACCGACUUUUCAGAAUUGUUCACAAACUGGGGGGUUACAAUAAAGUUAACAACAAAACCAAAUGGAAAGCCGUCACCAUGGGCCUAAAACUGCCCUGCAACCAAAACAUUUUCAACCAAGUUAAAAGUACCUACAAAAAAUGCUUGUUGAGUUAUGAGAACUUCAAUAGAGCCCUUGGGGUGACCAUGUUAAACCACACUAGAUCCACAAAGAAAAAUUCUGGAAGAUCACUGAUUAGAGAUAGAGAUAGGGGUACACCAGUUAAUAGCCCCAAACCUGAGAAGGAAGAGGAGUUGGAGAAGAAGGAAGAAGUUGUUGUUAAGCCUCCACCAGAAGUGAGCAAACCGCCACCGGAACCUACAAUCACAAAAUCUAAGAGAAAGUUGGAGGAAAAGAAGAAAAAGGAGAAGGAAAUUUUGGAGGUGAGCGAUACAACUAGCAGUGGUGAGGCUACAGAUCAAUCUGAGUCAGUUUGUAGUACCUCAAAGGAGACUAGAAGACCCAAAAGGUUUGAACCAAAACUUAAAGAGAAAAAAGGCAGACCUGCUCAAGGUGAGAAAGUUAAAGCGCUGGUGGAGAAGUUUGAGGAAGUUACCAAGAAAGAUGAGGAUAAGGUUCAACAAACUCGAUCAAAGAGUAUUACAAAGAUAAAAGAACCACCUGCAACACUUGAGAAAAAAGAGAAAGUGGAAAAAGAGAAACCAUCUAAAGAAAAGGAUAAAAAGGAUAAAGAGGAGAAGGAAAAGGAGAAAGACAAAGAGAAAGAAAAAGAGGUGGCGCCCAAAACACCAAAAGCCAAAAAACUGGAAAAAAUCGAGAAAGAAAAGGAGAAGGAAAAGGAAAAACCUCCUGAAGAAGAGAAAAAGAAAGGUAGAAAACGCACCACCGACGAAAAACCAUCGGGAUCGGACUCCGAACCCGUGAUCACUGUAAACAUAGGCGAUAAGUUGAAAGUCUACUACGGUCCCACACACGAAUCUAAAGUCACCUACGAGGCCAAAGUAAUCCAAGUGGGCAAAGACCAAACGGGGACAAUAUUUUUGGUACACUAUACCGGCUGGAAUACGAGGUACGACGAGUGGAUAACUACGGCACGUAUUGCGGAAAAUCUCUCUUCAUCAAAGGCCAAAAGGUUGAAGCACGCCAGUGCUAAAAACUCAUCAGGGCCGUCUUCUGCUACUCCCAGCAAAGGGGCGGCAAAAAGAGGCCGUGGUCAAUCUAUAUCGGGCAAAAAUGCCGAAGUACCGCGUUCGACAACGCCAUCCAGUGUUACUUCUUCAGGAAGUAGAACUAAAUCGCCUGCGACGCCGGCCACAAGAUCCACAAGCAGAGUGCAAGCUAAAUAUGAUUAUUCAAGGAGAUCUAGAAGAACUUCGGCUCAAACCGACAUUUCGAUUCAGUCUGAAUCGGAAAGUGAACAAUCAGAUAGCGAGUCUGAAGAGUUAACCAGAACUAGGAGUGGAGGAAGCAAGACUGAAGAACCUGAAAUUAAAACGUACAAGAGGAAACCGCGAGGACCACCGCCAUCGAUAAAGGCUGAGAAACGUAGCAAGGAAAAAGAGGACGACGAUACGGAAAAAGAAGAAGACCCCGUCGAAAAAGUACAGAAAAGAACGCGGAAGAUUAAAAAAUCACCGGAAAAAUCGGCUGACGAAAGUGACGACGACAGCGGCAAUCCGCCGAAAGGGCGCGAUUUCGAUUUGAACCAAAUCCGUUCGGAGUUGAAAGGUUUUUCGAAGGCAGUACCUGCUAGUGACUUAUCGGAAAAAGAAGCAGUUUCGUCUUCGGACGAUUCAACGAAUUUACCGCCGGAAAAAAUCACCGUGGAGGUCAUUGAAGAAAAGCUUCAAAAGCCCGAAAAGUGCGAAAAGGCUGAAAAGUCGCCGAUAAAACCGCAGGUGAUUGAAAAAGUAUCGGAGAGUUCCGAUGAUAUUUACGAGUUCAAGGAACCUGAACCGUACGAGUUUGAAAGAAGUAAGUUAACUGACGAAAGAAACACGAAAAAGCGCCUUGGAGUCGUUUCGAGAUUGUUCGAAGAGCUAGAAAAAUCACCGAAGAAAAAAAUAGGCGCGAAAUCGCCAACAAAAUCAGAAACGAAAGAAAGCUCCCCUGAGGUGGAAAAGAAGAAAUACUCCAGAUCUCCAGUGAAGAAACAAGAAGAAACCACACCACCGCCACAAGAAAAAGGGGAAAAGAAAUCCGAAGAUCCAUUCGACACCCUAGUGCAAUCCCCAUCCUUUAACUUUGUGAAAACAUCGGAUAAACAGCCGCCGGAAAAGUCUUCGGUAGCUCGGACCAUACUUGGCAGUGUUGGCGACCUCUUCAACGAUCUCAACGACCCUGUCGACGAUUACAGUGCCGGCAUGGAGUUGUCGGAUGGAGAAACGCAAAUGCACAACAUAUUUUCGAGAUCCACGAACAUAUUCCCCGACACUUUCGCGAAGGGGGCGCCUCCACCGGAAGUAACGCAAGUACAAAAAAUUGAAGAAAGCAAGCAGAAAGACAGCGACGACGACGAGAUUAUAAGCGCGCAAGUGCGUCUUCUUAUGGCGCAGACAUCAUCAACCGAUGAUGAUAGUAACGAGCCUCUGUUAAUAACGCCGAGCGUCUCGAAUUACCAGAAGAAAAAAGACGUCGUCGAAGUAAUCAAACCUCAGGUUCUGCCCCAAGUUGAACAUGAAAAGCAAAAAGAUGAGACUGAAGAAUCCGAACCGGAGCACCGCGAGCCAUCGCCGAUGGAGCUGGAAACCGACGUGAUGGAGGAUAAACCCAUCGUGGAAAAGUCAGUUUUUGUACCUAUAAGCUCGAAUAAACCACCAAGACAGAUUCAAAUAUCGCCCGCUCUCAAAGAAACGGACAGUGCUUUACUCGAGUCCAUAGUUAACUCUGCUGCUCUGGUCACAGCGAAAAUAGAUGAAGCUAAAGAGUUCAGCGUGAAGAAAACUAGCGGCAGCAAAAUUGCUGAUUCGAUUCUGCAAAAGUUCCAGUCUAUUAAGAAAAUGGAAGGUAAGAGUCCCAAACGUGAUUUUCAUGCAGAAGAAGGUAGUUCAAAGAAAGAUCAAACAAGUGUUAAGGAGGAAGUUAAACCUAAGGUUAUAGAGUUGAAACAGAAACCAACGUGUGAUAUUAAAUUGGAGGACAUUAAAAUCGUAAAGCCGCUGAGUGAAGUGAAACCCAAACCUAUGUUGGAGUGUAAAUCGGCAUGGUCGAUGGUGGAAAAUAAACCCAAAAAGGAGGAACUUGUUAAGCCUGUAGUGGAAGUACCUGUACAGCAACCGCUAAAAGUUAAGGUGGAGGAGAAAAAAGCUAUUUCGCCGCCACACAAACACGAGGGUAAAAGAAAGAAGGUUAAGAGUAAGCAGUACAUUGACGAUUCCGAUACUGAUAGUUCGGAUUCUGAGCAAUUGGUGAUCGCUAGAUCUGAUGAAGAUUCUCAGAGUAAUUCUCUGGACGCUAUUUCCAAGAUAUAUAAGGAAAGCGAUAGCCUAUCCAACCAAAUCCCGACCACCGACGAUUCUCAGUCGCAAUCCCAGUCCCAGUCGCAAGAAGAGCGGAACUUCAAGUUCGAUGAUUUAAAACCUCCUGAGGUUAUUAAACCCAAGGUUGAAGUGUUGAAAGAGGAAGUGGUAAAGGACGAACCGGAGGUAAAAGAGGAAGAACCCGAUUCCAACUUUCAUUCUUUGCUACUCUGCGAAGAAACUAUACCGCGUAGCCCGGCUCCGGCCCCAGAACCUGCAAUUAUCGAAGAAGAAGAAAAACCAACAAAGUCCAUAUUGGAGAUGCCGUUUGCUAGCGCCCCAGGGAUGAGUAGCAGCAGUAAGUCUACAGCCAUUGUGGUCGAGUUGCCGCCCGGUAAAAGUGCUUCUCCUCCAAAACCUCAGCCCGCCGCGGUGGUGGUACCACUGGAUUUGGUGGCGGCGGCAGCGCAAGUUAGAGACAAUCGAGGACCAGAUGCGUCGGCGGUUUUGGAUAACACUCCACCCACUACUCCGGAGAGUACUAUUAGCAAUUUGUCGCCUAGAGGUGAAAAUGGUGGACUAUCACCAAGUGCAGCAGAUGACAGUUGCAAGUCUAAUGAUAUUGAAAACGAUUACCAAUUGCACAGAAGAAAUUCCACGAACAAAGUAACACCAUACAGUGAAGAAGACACUCAGAUGACCAUCGACGCCGGUACGUCGAAAAAAGACGCGUCUCAGACGCCGGGCAGCGCGAAAAAGCGACGGCGCUCGUGUCGCGCCGAGGACGUUCCGACGAAACGAGGCCGGAAACCGUCGAACCGCGUUCGGCAGAACAGCGACAGCGACGACACGUCGGAGCAUUCCACCACAGGCAGCACCAACGUUGGCACCUACGAUAUUGCAGAGAGAGGGCCACGACCUACCAAGUACAAUUUUAUAGUCGAACUAGACUCUAGUUUGGACAGCACGCAGCGCAUAGCCGUUCUGCAGCAGCAAAUGUCCGACCUGAAGAAAACGUACGCCGACAUCAAAGCCGAAUUGGCGGUGGUCGAGCGGCGUCGCAAGAAAAUUCGGCGCAGGGAACGCGAAGCAUUGAAGGCAUCGAAACAGGAGGCUUCGUGCACCUGAUCCAAGCCGGCUGUGCUAGCGACAACCAAUCGCAGCAACAACCACCAUUCCGCCGCUCUUCCAAUCGUCAUUUCGAGACUGAUGCGCGUGUGCAGAGAGAACGCUGCUGCUGCCUGCGCAGACCGCCGUUAGAGGCGGCUGCGUCGCAUCUCGCACCGACCAAUCGAAACGCGGCGCUUCCUCUGUCUGCGUUACAUAACCUCGCAAUCAGGUCGUGAAAUGCACCCAGAGGUUGCUUGAUUUUGAGUAUUUUUUUGAGGUGCAUGUUAUUUUUUUAUUGAUAUUGGUUUAAAUAAAAAAAAAUGCAUGAAAAUGAAAAAAAAUAUUUCGGAUUUUAAUUGGACUUUAUUUUUUAACUUUUUAUACAGGGUCUA